UUUGGAAACAAAAGUAUGUUAGUACACUUUUUGUUUCUGUACCUUCCAGAUGAGACCCAUAAACUCUGCAAUAUACAAAGUUUCGUUCAGAUUUUUUGCUCGGUGUGAUCGUUUCUUUCUGUUGAUACUCUGUGUCUGAUGUGAUAAAUAUAACAGAGUCGACCAAAAUGGGCUCCUCCAUGUCCUCAUCUGUCGGCGACCGAAGGGCUAACGCCCUCAGACGUUCCCAGAGAAAAUCACUGACAGGCGCAUGCUCCAACAUCGACAAAGUACUCAAGGCUCUCAAGACUUACAAAGGAACUGAAGACAGCGAGGAAUACAAGAACAUGAAGAUACGCAUCAUCCAGAUCGAGAAGAACCUCCAGAACAAACUCACCGAACCCCAACAACAGUUCCGCACGUUACACGAUAUCACCCAACAGAAGAUAAAAACGGCUUUCGAGACGCUCGAGAACAAAACCGCGGAGAACACCAGGUCCCGGGGCAUAGUUCUGAACGGGAACGGCAUGAAACCACCAUCGCCAAACACCAGAAAAACGAUAGAAGAACUAAGAACCCAAGAACAAUCUGAUAAACCUACGGCGCAGUCGCCGACAAACGAGAACAAGAGAAACUCGCUGUUGCUACGCAUGUCCAAAUUCACUCUACCGAAGAGGGAGUCCAAAUCCUCCACUUCAGAAUGCGAAGUCCAAGAAGUCACUGUCGAGGUUCACAAAUCGCCAGAAGCCACCAGAAAAUCCAUAAUGAAAUACGGGGUUCCGGUCCUGCCCAGUCCACCUCACAACAGCCCCCCAAAACUGGUAUCCUUCAACACCCCGGACCAUUUCGAAGACACCCUGUUGAGGCACGAGAGACGACUGAAGAUCAUCAAGCAGGACAUAGCCAAUCUGGAGAUCAGGAUCAGCGAGUUCAUAGGGAAGAAAGACGGGAAACACUACAAUAACCUCAAGUUAUCCUUGGAACAACUGGGACAAGAGCUGGAGGGCAUGCACGAGGAGGAACUGUUGGACCAGGUUGACAUGUGCAAGAAUUACGUCAAGAGCUGUUUGAAUUUCCUAGAGUCCAAGGCUCUGGACGAGGAGGAUGUGGACGAUGAGAUCUUCACUAAUUACACUGAUUCCAGGAUUUAUGGUAGCACCCACGACUUGCUGGAGGGACAUAACGUUAGGACCACCGCCAUUUGACCAAUUUUUCGUUUAUUGUAUUUCGAAUAUUGUAAUUUUGUCUGAAUAUUAUUUUAAGAACGA